AUUCGCUCUCCAGUUUCUGAUUUUCUGAUUCUGGAAAAUAACUCUUCUUGCACUAACCGUUUAAAUUCAAUAAUUCCAGACAAAAAUGUCUGGGAAAUUUUAGAAUUUCGAGACGAGGAUUUCGAAAACUUGCAAUUCUAGAGAGAGAAAACGAGGUGAGAGAAAGAGAGAGAGCGCGAAAGGUGAAAAAGCAGAGAAGUGGAAAGAAAUAGAGUGGCGGAAAUUUUUGAAACCAAUUGAAUCCAAGAGUUUGGAAGAUUAGGGUUUUCAGAUUUGAAUUCUAGAGAGAGAAAGACAGGGUUAGGGUUUUCGGACAAGCAAAAUGGCGGAGGUGAAACUGCAUAUAUACGACGUGACGAAUAGCGGAUCGGAGAAGACGAACAACACCAUUCUUCAGAUCAACAAGAUCUUCAAGGACGGUAUUGGCCUCGGCGGUAUUUUCCACAGCGCCGUACAGGUUUAUGGAGAGGAUGAAUGGUCGUUUGGGUUCUGUGAACAAGGAACCGGAGUUUUUAGCUGCCCAUCUGGAAAGAAUCCGAUGUACACGUAUCGUGAAUCUAUUGUCCUUGGUACGACAAACUGCACAAACUUGAAGGCAAAUCAGAUCUUGAGGGAGCUUAGCAGAGAGUGGCCUGGAAACUCAUAUGAUUUGUUAUCGAAAAACUGCAAUCACUUCUGUGAUGUGUUCUGUGAAAGGCUUGGUGUGCCAAAGCUACCAGGUUGGGUCAAUCGUUUUGCUCAUGCUGGUGAUACUGCCAUGGAAGUAGCAGGAAACACAGCAUUACGGUUUAGACAAGCCAAGACGGAGAUUGUGCAAGUGAGCAAAGUGGCAUAUCGAUUCCUUUUGGGUGUUACUAACAAUGUUGGGGCUUCUACUGAGCCCUCUGGAAAUUCGAACAGAGGCAGCGCUUCCCCUAGAUUCCAAGGAGCUUGGUUCAAGAACCUAAUUACUUCGGGUGCUAGACCUUCUAGUAGUUCAGCAAUUGAGAACCAGGAAGAGGAUGCUCUUCGGCAAAAUCAGCUAUCAGAUGCAUCGUCACCAUUGCGACAAAAUUCACAGUCGCGGCAUGACAUUUGAGGAUACAGUCCAUGAAACAUGCUUGUUAUGCAAACUAGCGGUAACCAUGCAACACGAUUGACUUUUGUUAUUCAUUUGUGUAUCAAUGUAAAAUUUUCAUUUGUUGUACAACUGAAAUCUGUUCAUGGAUGCUCCAAGAAAUUUAAAAUUUAGAUUGUUCUUACUAUUUUUUUGUUCGCAUCAUGAUUGCUUGAAUCUGAACCUGUUUGUAAGCCUCCCUAUGGCGAGUGGCCAAAGUCUUCUACGCAGUCGUUUUGGGUAUGCAAUGUUUUUUUUAUAACUUUGGUCUUGAUUUGUAAGGAUCACAUUUAUUCAUCCACAUAACCGUU